GCAUAUUUACGGAAUACACCACGCCGCCAUUGACCCUGACCACUGACCGAGCAACCCAACGUUCCUACCAGCUCCCUCCGCAGGAAUGUGUUAAUUCUAAAACGUGGAUGGGUUUUUUUGGGGGGACGGGGUCCCUUGAGAGUCCAUGAAAGCGUAGAACACUCUUCUGCGUUGAGCUGCAAUGUGCGGAGGACUGGGGAUGUUUUGGCCAACUAUAUAUCACUUACACUGUGUGUUGGUGCGGUUUUGAUUUCUCUGGCGGUAGUGGGAGUGGUAGUGUAACGGUUAGCGCUACGCUUCACUGCGAAUCCGGCACCCCGAAUUCGAUUCCCGCUCACAACCAACACCAGUGGCGAUUAUUGAACCGGUUCUGAGACUCGCCUAGGUCGACUCAGCCUCAAAUGAGUACCUGGUGUGGUGUUUAAACAUCGCCAAUAGGGAGACAAAGGCGGUCGGGCGUGGUGCUGACCACCCGCCCCACUCGUGUGCCACAGUGUCGGCCUUCAUCAGUGCUACUCGCUAACAGCACUCGCCACGACAGUCUGUUAGAGGUUAUACGGGGGGAUCUUUGCUAACCCAUGCGGAAUCGGGCGGAUAAUAGUUACUUAACUCUGCAUAAAAGCGCCCAGAUCCGGAAAUGAAACCGAAGUGAGUGCAUGAACACCUUGCAAUGGGGGAAGGGGGUCGUGAGCGAGUUGCGACCCGGGGGUUGGCGAGUGAGCGAGCUGGUGGAGGAGGAGGAUGUUCGAGAGGUACGACAGUUCACAGACGCAACAUCUUCCAGCGACUUUCGGAGAGAAAGAUGCGCACGAAAAACAUGCUCAGCCUGCUGCUUCUACUGCUCGCCAGUGCGAAUCUCAUCGCAGCCCGGGAUGAUGAAGGAAUUACGUUGCCGCUCGAUCGAAAACAUCGAGCAAUCAAAUUUAGCCCCCAACAGAGUCGCAUCGUCAAUGGCGAGGAGGCGACGCCCAACAGCUGGCCCUGGCAGAUCCGGCUGUAUUCGUAUCCUGAUCAAUCUUCCGCUGCUCUCGGUGCUCUGGGCUACGCGUGUGGAGGCUUUCUCGUCAACGGCGACUGGGUAAUGACGGCCGCCCAUUGCAUACGUGCUAAUAACUCCGAGGUCGUGUAUCUGGGCAAACACGAUCUCAGGAUUUCUGAAUCCGGACAAAUCUGCUUGCAAGGCAAGAACAAAUACAUCCACCCCAGUUGGAAUGGAGACGCAUCGAAUGGGUUUGACAUCGCGCUCGUUCAGCUGAACGAGUCAGUGCAGCUCACCAGCAAGAUCCAACCCGCGUCCCUGCCCUACCCGGGACAAAUCCUCGCCAAUGAUGCCGAGUGUUAUGCUACCGGCUGGGGAAGAUUAUCUUUCUCAGGCCCGGCCUACGACACUUUGCAGCAAGUCCGGCUUCCAGUCGUCGACUACGCGACAUGCAGCGGCGCCGAUUGGUGGAGUGGCUGGGUGAGGCCCAGCAUGAUCUGUGCUGGUGACAGCCUCCACGCUGUCUGCAAAGGCGACUCGGGUGGCCCACUGAACUGCAACACGAGCGGAGGCUGGGUGGUGCAGGGCAUCACGAGCUUCGUGUUCAACAGGAGCUGCAACAUGACUAACAAGCCUAGCGUAUUCACGCGCCUGUCCGACUACAGCGCGUGGAUUUCGUCCGUCACCGGGAUGCAGUUCCCCACGACGAAACCAUCAUCGUCGACUACAAAGAUGCUGGUGUAUGCUCAUCUCCCGCUGUUGCUCCUGCUGGCCCAGGUGUUCAUUUAGCCGACUGACGUUGAAGAAGCAUGAUUCGAUUUACGUGCCAAAUUCUUCUUUAAUAUUCAAACAAUGUUUUACUGCUGAUCUACAAAGCACACAUUCUGCAAAAGUUUGAAUACUGUUGUCAUAUCUGGGGUGGAGCACACCCAGUUCAUACCAGUCGAGGGCAAUUGAUAGAAUUCAGCGCAAACUAGUCGUCUUCUUCUUUGGAAGGGCAUUUUUCGGGAUUGGAACAAUUUAAAAAUGUAUGUUGAGAUUUGAUAUCCACUCCGACUGCUUCAGGAGUAGCCUCGUGGAUUUGUUUCAACUCGCGGUUGAAUGAUCCGAUUGGGCAGUCGUUCACGAUAUGUUUACAUGGUCUGAGAUGUUGCUUCACAGUCACAAACUAUGCAGGCAGCUGUACGACUGCUUAUUCCUACUAACGCUGUGACGUAGUUAUGUUUACUCAAUCGCGUUAUAUCCAAUUCGCAUCAGAAUAAAAAAAAUGUGUUCCCUAAACACAUUAAUCACAUUAUAUCCAGUUCGCGUUAUGAAAACAACACGCAGCAUUAUAGGAGAACAGACUGAACUGAGAUUAUUAGUCGAAUGGUCUAUAGUGUUGCAUCAACGGUGUUUGUGUUGCAUGCUUAGUGUUGUGCACGUGGCACGUGUUGUGGGAGCGAUUUGUCGGGUGUGUGUAAGAGUAAAAGUCCGCGUGUUGUGUAAUGAUUUUGGUGUUGUGUACAUGGCACGUGGUUUGGGAAAUAUGUUUUAUAUUAUUGGUGUUGUGUGCAUUGCAUGAUGUGAGUGGUAUGUGUAAGAUACUAAUCAGUUCGUGGUGUGAUAUUAUAGGCUGUCAUAAAAUACAGUUAAAUUAACUAUUUUUCCGCAGUUAUCACGCAUUGAUACGCUUCCAAGCAGCACUAAGCCUAUGUACUGUAUAUUUUACUUUUUUUCGAACUGUUCGUAACCAACCGUGUUAAUAAUCAGAGGUGGCUAUUAGAACGGUGGAGAUUAUUUCUCUAAAUUUCAAUAGAUUUUCCAAGAAGUAUUGGCCAGUAAUUAUGAAACGAAACUAUCAAAUUGGUCCGGCUAACUGCGACAAUGGAAACCUAGACAUUAUAUUGCUGACAAUAUAUUAUGUUAUAUCAUGGGACCUUUUUGCCAGUAUCAAUGUAUGAAAAAUAAGAAUUGGUGUUACCCUUUCUGGCAGUUUAAAGAGGUGUAAAGAUGUUCAAACACCAAAUAGAUACAGUUUUGCAAGGCAUCAAGUCUGCAUUAUCCACACAAACUUGUGGAAAAACAUGCAAACUAACAUUGUCUUUUGAACUCAGCCUACAUUACAGACAGCCCUCUUCAUAACUUCGUCUCGCCAGUGUUAGACUAGAUAGCGCCAAAAGGUGAACAGUACAAGACAAUGCGCGUAUCAGAGCAUUUAUAGAUACCUGCCAAAGGUAUGUAUUUGAUGUUUGAACAUCUUCACACAUCUUUUAUUGUCAGAAAACGUGAAACCUAUUGUUAUUUUUCACACUUUGAUACUGACAAAAGGUAUCCCAUGUUAAAGCUGCUCACCCCAGCUAUAAAUGCUCUGAAACAUACUAUGUUUGCUAACAUACUGUGAACAUUUGCAGACGUGUUGCUAACAAUCCUAUUCGUUAUACCUAACAUGUGCAGUGACUGACUCAGAGACACUAAGAGUAGGAGGCACUCUUUUUAUUAACACGGCCUGAUAGUAACACUUCGUAACUACGGUUCCCAGUCAGGACAGCUGGUAGACUGCCUGACUGGCGACGCCGAGAUGGUGAAGGCGGAGACGAUGGUGAAAACUCCAGCAGCACGACGGGAUCCCACUCCAAACGACAGCCCCGAGGUCCCUGCCCGGGGCCCCUCUUACACUGUCAGCGUGGCCUGGCUCCGCUCCUGGCCACGCCCCCUUCUGGAACCUACUAGCGGGUGCUCGAUCGCACUUGGUCACGGCGGGGUUUACGGCAUGGUACUUGGCUAUUUUUAUUUUACGAAAACCACACCGUUGGAGAGCCAAAUCCUCCGAAAGUGCGGAAACACACAAACAAACCCACCAACCCCGCCACAAACCCACACACAAACAAUUUGACUUUUAUAUAGAUAGAUUGUGUGGUUUUAAAUAGUACUGUGGUUUUAAAUACUACUGUGCUCACCAUUGAUGGGUGUUGAAAAAAACCCACAUCAAAUCGUGGAGGGACGUGUACAGCAUACCAAAGUGACGAAAAAUAAGCUUUAAUCCUCGUUUAUCUCUCUCUCUAGCUCUGCUCACGUAAUUCCAAGUCGCGGGCCCCUGCCGUGUUUCUAGUAAUAUCACCCUUCGGAAAUCCCCGCGUUUGCAAGGCGCAAAUAGGGCAUACUACACAGGUAAUGUGAUGUAACACAGACACCGAGAGACGCCGUGGCGACGCUGGGUGUGAGCCAAGGACGCGUCAUGCGCGUUUUGCUUGGAACUGUACUGCGAGAGGAGACGAGAAACGAAGAAUAGAACAAGCGAGAUUACAGGUGAGGUGGGAACAAGGAGACACGGGACAGCCGAGGAGGCUGGGGCCUCUGAGUUCUGAGCAGAAGCGUGAUACAACAUCGCAAAUCCAAGGGUUACUGAGGAGUAUGAAAAUAGGUUUUCCCCUUU